AUGACAGAAACCACUAAUACAUUUGUUCUAUUUCUUCUUCUUGUGACAAUGUUUCUGAAUGGUUAUAGUGCUGAAGAAGUAGGAGGAACUAAUCAACUGAAGAAAGACGAUGGUAUUUACAAAUCUCAAAAAUUUGGAAAGUGUGUAGAUGGUAUGAUUUUGUAUGGCAUGUGCUUGAGUACUCCUUACUUUUGGCCUGUGUAUGGUAAGUUUUGUACUAAUAUCGAUCACACAAACGUCGCACCUAAUAGCAGUGUUACUCCUAAGCUUGAAAGUGAUGUUCUUCCAUGA